AUACCUAUACUCGCGAAGCCGAGAUUGCGCAUGCGCGGAGAUGCCAUCUCAGCGAGACGUCACUGACUACGCUGCUAAACAGAGAUGAAGACUCCUCCAGACAGGACGGGCAUAAAGUUUGAGGUUGGCGCUCAACUGCAGGCCAGAGACCGCCACAAGAACUGGUACGCGGCCACCAUCGAGAAAAUUGACUACGACAAAGAGCGUGUCCUGGUCCACUACCGUCAGUGGAGUCGCCGCCAUGAUGAGUGGUUCCAGUGGAACUCGCCGUACCUGCGGCCACUGGAGCGAGUCAGUCUGAGGAGGCGGGGCCUCACUCAGACAAGUGUGUCGACGCCGUUUGUUUCCGGCACAAAGGUUCUGGCCUGUUGGACCGACUGUCGUUUCUACCCGGCCAAAAUCUUGCAGGUCAACAAGGACGACUCGUACACAGUCCGCUUCUACGAUGGUGUGGUUCGAACCGUAAGGCCAACGAAAGUCAAACCCUUCCAGAGAAAGUUGAGACGUGAGAAGGCGGCGGUGGGAAGCGAGGGGUGGGAAGAAGAAGAGAGCGAAGAAGAGCAGGAGGCAGAAGCAGGAGAGGAGGAGGCGGGGGAGGAGAAGGAAGAAAAGAAGGAAGAUGAAGGCGAGAAGGAAGGAAGCGCAGAGGGCGAGAGGAGACCACGACCUUUAUCAUCGCCUCCACCCGCCAAGAGGAGUAGCCAUAACCCCGAAAACAGUGAGACUCACAAGCAGCCAAUCACAAGCGAGCUCAGCCAGCCAGGUGUCCCAAACCCCGCCCACGUCGACAGAGAUGUCUUGUUGGAGCGUCAGGCCCACCUGCCCACCACUCACAAAUUCAGCAGAGAACCACUGUAUAGGGUUAUAAAAAACCAGCCUCCCCCCAUCCUCUCCAUCGAGUUGGACCACAAUCCCUUCAAGUGUCCGUCGGCAGGCUGCACCAAGUCCUUCCGGAAGGCGGGUCUACUGCACUACCACAUCAAGUAUUACCACUCCGAGCAGCAGCAGCAGCAGCCAGAUGGGCACGGCAGCGCAGUGGAGACGCCAAGGAGGAAGCGCUCCACAUCUGAGGGCGGUCACUUCCUGUAUGACACUUUGAGCGGCACCUGUCAUCAUGACGACAGAGAGCUCAGCACCACUCUAACAGAGGUGAAGAGAGAGACGAUGAGGGAGAAGAGUCGUCAUGAUAGGAAGGAGAGGAAGAACCUCCUGAGAGUCAAACUUAAGAAGAAAAAAAAGAGGAAGAAGAAGAAGAAGAGGAGGAGUCAGUCAGAACCGUGUAGCAGCGACGACGACAUCUCAACUCUGCCUUCUGUCGCCUUUACGCUCGGCAAAGACCAUCAUGGCGGUGCGCACAUGUGUAAAUGCAAAAUGCUAACACAUGCCAACUUGGGCCCAGUACACAACCAACUUGUCUGCUUUCCAGUCGACGACGGUAGCGACUGGUCAACACUGACUGCUGAGAGCGGGGAGGACACGCCCUUUUGGUCGGUCGCCAUGGAGACGGAGGACUGUGAGGUGGUGAGGUGUGUGUGCGAGGUGGACAAGGAGAACGACUUCAUGAUCCAGUGUGAGUCAUGUUUGUGUUGGCAGCACGGCACCUGUAUGGGCUUGUAUGAAAACAACAUCCCGCGCAACUACAUCUGCUACUACUGCAGACACUGCACAGGCUGGAGGCGUGCUCAGCGCUACCAGUCUGAGCCUGACUUGCUGGCGUCGGGUCGCAUGUUUGGCCUGUCUUGUGUGAGGGACAACUACUCUGAGGUCAACGCCUCAAAGAUCACACUUACCAGCCGUCUCCUGGCGCACACGCAUGGUCUCCAUCAGGUCCUUAGCGGGCUGCAGCUCAAAAUUAGCCUCUUACACACGCCCUCGCACCCCGACCUGCAGCUGUGGCAGUUGCCUUGGAGACAAGAGGAGGGGCAAAGGCUGGUGGACGGUCCUAGAGGAGAGACCCCCGUCAGUUAUGUCAGCAGCGAGCACUGCUACCAGAAGCCUGGUGCAUCAUGGGAGAAUAAGAAGGUGGACGAGACCGAGAAGGACAGGCUGACUGUUUCUGUGAAGCAAGAACCACAUGACAACCAGAAGGAAAUACAGAGGGACAAGGAAGACACGAUGCCGUGCAGUGACACCGGCUGGCAUGGCGGGACCAAGGGGACAAAACGCACUGGUGUCGACAAGCACACACAUUACGUUACAUCGGCCACGGAGUGCCAGCUCAACCUGCUGGACCAUGUGGAGUGUCUUCACCAGCAGAUCUGCACCAGGAUGGACCUGGUUGAGAAAGACCUGGAUGUGUUGGAGUCCUGGUUGGACCAUUCCGGCGAGCUGGAACCUCCCGAGCCGCUGUCCCGCCUCCCACAGCUCAAACAACGAAUCAGGCGGCUGCUGCACGAGCUGUCAAUUGUGAGGCGCCUCUCUGUACGCCACUGGCACUGAAAUCGAACACACUUGGACGGCUAACGCACAGCGGGACACAUCGGGGGGGGUCAAGCACUUGUUUACAGUGCGCCUCCCCCCGCCCCGUGGUGGCAGAGUAAUUUAACUUUUUACAACUUAAACACACAUAACAUAAGUUUAGCAUUAGCUUAGCAUGAUUAUUUUAUCACCCACCGCUAUGUUGCUUUGUACAUUGUUGUCUGUUUGAUUUACCAUCAGUGUGUUCAUCUGUAGGAAGUUACAGCAAAGAAACAUAGAUAUGCUGAUUUGGUCUUCGAAUUAGGUCACCAGUUUUUAGUUUGAGGUCAAACGAGCAGUAAUUUACACCUGGGGAUGAAAUCUGCCUCUGCAGCAGUUUAACACAUGACUCAUGCGCGUGUGCAUUUACAUGUACACUACAUGGACAUCGAAGUAUGGACGUUUCAGGUUGGCUUUGUCCCAAAAAUUCUCCAACUCUUGUAACAAGAGUGAAAGCUGUUGAAGCUGCAAAAGACGCAUUUUGUCGACUUCCUGCUGUCCAUAUAGAAGAGAAGACUCCUGACUGAUGAUGAUGACAUCAUAACAUGUUGUGAGUUAACUAAAAACAAUGUAAAAAAGAAAAACACGCUGAAUGUUUUCUAUUCUUGUACAAGAAACUAAAGUGUAAAAAGGUGUAGAUUUUAUUUUGAUAGCUCCGGCAAACGUGCACGAAUGAGAUCGCUGUUGCGCUCUCGUCAGACUUGUAUUCAUUUUUAUCCCGUUUCUGUUUUAAAGCUUGGACAACGUUCGAAGAUGCAUCUUUGAUGAAUUAAAAGCUAGAAGUUGCAA